CACUCUCUCUCUACGGAGUGACGUCGGUGUUAAGAAGAAGAUGGCGGCGCCAGGAAAGGCGGAAGGUGUAUCGCAGUGUGGACCUCUGUGGUGUGUGAGUUGUGUGUAGUGCCGCUGGUUGGAGUGAGUCGUCUAGUCAUCAUGAACAAUAAGGAGAGAGAAAGCACAAAAGAGUCAGAGAACAGUCGAAGCCAGAUGAAGGUGUUUCUGCCUAACAAGUUGUUGGAGCGUCUCCCUCAAACCACCUCCCUACCCAAGGAGAGACUACGAUGGAACACCAACGAGGAGAUUGCAUCCUACUUGAUCACAUUUGACAGACAUGAAGAGUGGCUAUCCUGCUCGCUCAAGACCAGGCCCCAGAAUGGCAGCAUCUUCCUGUAUAACAGGAAGAAGAUCAAGUACAGGAAGGACGGCUACUGCUGGAAGAAGAGGAAAGAUGGGAAGACCACCAGAGAAGACCACAUGAAGCUCAAAGUACAGGGAGUAGAGUGUCUCUAUGGUUGCUACGUCCAUUCUUCCAUCGUCCCAACAUUCCACAGGAGGUGCUACUGGCUGUUGCAGAACCCAGACAUGGUGCUGGUUCACUACCUGAAUGUUCCGUCGCUGGAGGAUCAUGGGAAGGCGUGCGGCCCGUUGCUAUGUGCCGUAGCCGACCGCCGAGACUCGUUACGCUGGAGCCGAGACGAACUACUGGCCCAGCUGAAGCCUAUGUUCCACAGCAUUAAGUGGUCAUGUGGAGAAGGUUAUGGAUCAUCAGAGUUCUCUAUAGAACAACUGGCUCAACAGAUCCUGGAGUCUCAACAGACCAAACCUCAGCCUCGCACACACACCUGUCUCUGCAGCUCCACACUGGCGUCUCCUGGAGCUAACAUUCCCCACCGCUGUAACAGCACCAAACAUCGCAUUAUCUCCCCCAAACUGCCCGCUACCAGCCCUGCCAUGUCAGCCUCACCCCUGGCUGAGGGGGAGACAGGAGGGGGAGACAUCCCUGCAGGCGGCGAGAAGAAACCUUCCCCACACACACACCCUCCCCCCUCACACACACACUCCCAGGUAAAGCUUGGAGGGUCUACCAGCCUGGUAGGGAGACAUGAGGGAGUCUCUUCCUCCCCCUCUCCCCCCUCCUCCUCCUCCUCCUCCUCCUCAUCAUCCCCCCCUCAGGCUCACCGCACAGCAACCAUCGCUGUCAGCAACGGCACCACCAACAAUUUCUAUGGUGACCAGCGGGGCCUGACGACGGUUGCCCUACCGCAGAAUGCGGUGAUCGUCAUGACUACGGCUGGGGUCAUCGGGACGCAGGGUGGAGGAGAGCGGGAGUCGAGUCUGUCUCUUACCCGUUCAGGUCAGCUGGUACUCUCCCCCGUCACCCCUAAACCAGACACCCCCUCCCCCCAACCCCACCUGCUCCACCCACCCCCUCCCCCCACCCCGGGGUGGCUACUCUCAGCCUCACCCUCCUGUCCUCACCCGUUAUAGGGGCUACUCCUCACUCCAUCCCCCUCUCCAUCUCUCCUGCACCCUCUCCUUCCUGCCGCCCCCUCUCCCUCACCCUGCCAGCCUGUCUUCGAUCCAGAUUCCUUUCUGAACAGUCCUAAACAGGGUCAGACCUACGGAGGCACUCUCCCCCCCUCCUCACCCUCUCCUCCCCCUCCUCCUCCUCCCCACAUGCACCCUCCCUCACUCUCUCCCUCUCCCCCACGUCCCCUCCCCCUGCUCAUCCCCUCCCUCCUCUCUCUCAUCCUCUCUUCUGAGGCAGAGAGGAAGAAUGAAGAGAGAGUGGUGCUCCAGACCUCUGCCCCUUCUUCCUCCCUCCCUCCAACCCUUUCUCUAUCCCUCUCUCCGUCCCACUCCGCCCCUUCUUCCUCCCUCCCUCCAUCCCUUUCUCUAUCCCUCUCUCCGUCCCACUCCGCCCCUUCUUCCUCCCUCCCUCCAUCCCUUUCUCUAUCCCUCUCUCCGUCCCACUCCGCCCCCUCUCUCCUGCCUCUGUGUCUGGAAUCAGCGCUGGCCCUGGGCCCUCUGGGGGAGACAGAGGGGGAGAGGGGGGAGGCAGAUGGAGAGAGAGAAAGACAGAGGGAGGAGGGGAGAGAAGAGGGGCACCCGCCCACCAAACUGGCUCUCCUCCAGCGAAGCCAUUCCCCCAAGCCGUCGUCGUCAGGACAACACCACAGAAAAGCAUCAUCAUCGAUGCUCCUGAUUCGCCACGAAACGCAGCAGACCCCUCCCACUCAGCAGAUGGCGCCCAAUCUGCAGCCUCACAGGCAGGACGGAGAGCAGCCAUUGGUCGUCCUAGAGCCCAAAGAGCUCCAGCAGCACCUCCCCCAACCCAUGACCUCUAUGCACUGUAACCCCAACCCCACCCCGACCCCGACCCCACUGACCCUGACCCAGAACCACCACUCUCAACUCCUCCUGCUGCAACACAGACGUCUUCAGAGUCAGGAGAGAGAGAUGGAGAAAGAGGUGGAAAGAGAGAGGCAGAGGGAGGUGGAAAGGGAGAGGGGAAGGCAGCUCUUACUCCUGCACCAGAGACUCAGCCAGCCGACUCCCUUAGAGUCCCUGUUUGCUAACAUCAACAGCGUGGCUAAUGCAAACAUGGCUCUUUCGACUACUGUUAAUAUGGACAGUGCCAAUGCCACUAUGGGUAAUGUUAACAUGACCAAUAUGGCUAAUGGGCGGGUUAGAGUAAAGGAGGAGAGGGGGCGGGGUUACGAGGCAGAGGACACACCCAUGGACACGGGUCAAAGGUCGGAGGUCACGGAUGUCUCGGAGGAGCUAGAGAUAUCGUUCGACAGCCAGUUCCCUGACCUCAUCUCUGAGCUCAUCACAGAGGCCGACGCCCCCAACACACACACCUCGGUCCUCGUCCCGAACCCGGCUCCCACCAGCCUGUUCCCUACGGGGGUACGUUACAUGGUUCCUCCCCAGCCCUCCCCCUCCUCCUCCUUCCUCCCCUUCCCCCCUCUUCCCCCUAACAACGGGACUGAGCUACAACGCCUAGCAACCAUCACAGACUUCUCCCCCGAGUGGUCCUACCCAGAGGGUGGUGUGAAGGUGUUGAUAACAGGUCCCUGGUUGGAGGCUACUGGACGUUACAGCUGCGUAUUUGACCAGACCACCGUCCCCGCUUCACUUAUUCAGCCUGGAGUACUACGGAGCUACUGCCCUGCCCACGAGGCAGGGUUGGUGUCUCUUCAUAUAGUGGAGGACAGUGGGUCUGUCUCUUCGUCUGUUCUGUUUGAAUACAGAGCUAGAAACGCCUCGUCUCUACCCAGCUCACAGCUGGACUGGCUGUCCCUGGACGAUAACCAGUUCCGUAUGUCCAUCCUGGACAGACUGGAGCAGAUGGAGAGGAGGAUGGCUGAGAUGUCUGCAACCAACCCACACACACAGCCGCCGCCACAAUGCCAGCGGAUCAGCACACUCUCCCCACACACACAUCCGCCGCCACAAUGCCAGCGGAUCAGCACACUCUCCCCACACACGCCCGAAGACAGAAGCCAGUCAGGCCCAUGGUUUGAGAGGAGGAUAGUUGGAGUAUGUGAGAGGAUGAUGGAGGGAGGGAGGUGGAGAGGAGGGGGAGAAGAGCGCCUCGCUCACUCCAUACGCCACAGAGGGAUGACACUGCUCCACCUGGCCGCUGCACAGGGAUACACACACCUCAUCCACACACUCAUCCACUGGAGGAGUGUCAACAGGGACAGUCUGGACGUAGAGCAGGAAGUUGAUCCUCUCACCGUCGAUCAUUUCUCAUGCACUCCUCUGAUGUGGGCGUGUGCUCUGGGACACCAGGCAGCAGCCGAGGUUCUAUAUGGUUGGAACAGCCAGGCGCUCGGAAUUCCCGACUCACUAGGCCGCCUCCCCCUCGCAGUUGCACGCUCUCGCGGACACACAUGCCUCGCCCGCGCGCUGGAGGACCUACACACACACCGCCCCGACACGCACACACCCACAGAGAGGGCCGAGGAGGGGGCUCAGGGGGAGCAGAGCACCACCCCCACUCCACAACUCCACCCCUCUCCACUGUCCACCAGUCCUGACACAGGUCUGAGUUCGUCCAGUAGUAUUCCCUCCCCCUCUCUCUCCCUCCCCUCCCCCUCUCUCAGCUCAGCCUACUCUAGUGGGUCUGUACCCCUCUACAACCCUCCUGACCCAAUGGAUACCUCCCCUCCUCCCCCUCUCUCUCCCUGUCCUCCCUCCCCCUCUCCCCUCCCUCCCCCCUCUCUCUCCCUCCCUCUGAGCCUGCCAGUAUGGGGCGAGGCCUGUGGAGGUUGUGAAGCUGGGGACUCUAGUUUGAACGCCGGGCCCAGAGACCCUCUCUUCCUCAUGGACUACGAACCGGCCCCUCCCCACUCCCCUCCCGGACCUCCACACUCACACACACCCCCCGUCGCUCACACACCCCCCCGUCGCUCACACACACACACCUUCGAGGAGCAGGUGAGCUUCAAUGAGAAUGCAGAGAACGAGGAGGAGUUCCUGCCUGCUGAGGUGCUACAGGUUGACAUGGCAACGUUAGCAGAGCAGAUCAUCGAGGCAACUCCUGAUCGAAUCAAACAAGAGGAAUUGUCCAGGGGGGCGGAGUCACCGCUUAGAGAGAGGCGGGACAACACGGUGAUAUCCGACACCAUGCCCUGGUUGGCCACUUACCUGGACACUCACACACACCCCUCUCUGUCCAGAUGUGUGUACCCCCCCUCCCACCUCAGUACCCUGGCCCUCCAGAGGCUGCGGCCCCCCAGUAGUGUGGCGUGGGCGGAGUUCCUGAACGCCUCGGCCAAUGGGAGGAUGGAGAGAGACUUUGCUCUGCUGACUCUGACUGACUCUGAGCAGAGAGAACUGUACGAGGCUGCGCGCAUCAUUCAGAACGCCUUCAGACGAUACAAGGUACAAUAUAAACCCUGAACCCUGGAGGCAGGAGCUACACAGACGCAGGCUUCAUUCAUUCAUGUUCUCCAGCCACUGUAUUGCUGACGUCAAGACGAUUUAACUUCUUAAUCUGUCACUCUGUUCUCUAUCUCUGUUCUCUCUCUCUGUUCUCCCUCUCUGUUCUCUCUCUG